AUGCGGAUCCAGGUAUUCAGGAGUUUUAGAACUUCUAUGAGACUUCUUGCAAAAAAGGACUAUUACAGCAUUUUGGGUGUUCCACGAAGUGCCACAGAAUCUGAAAUAAAAAAGGCCUAUUUUAAUCUUGCAAAACAGUAUCAUCCAGACGUGAAUAAAUCUCCUGAUGCCAAAACAAAAUUUGCUGAGAUCAACAAUGCUUAUGAAACCAUAGGAGACCCUCAAAAGCGACAAACAUAUGACUCAACAGGCAUGACUGGUGACGAACAAGACCAAGCCAAGCAAGCUGGCUUCGGCGAUUUUGGAGGAUUUGGAGGCUUCAAUCCAUUCGGUGGAGGAUUUGGUGGUGGGUCUCCUUUUGGAGGUGGCGGCGAAGGUUUCUCAAGCUUUGAAGAUAUUUUUGGCGAAUUUGAAGGAAUUUUUGGUGGCAAAAAGACAAAGAAAAAUUUGAGAGGAGAGGACAUAUCUGUGUCUAUGGAAAUUUCAUUUUUAGAAGCUGUACAAGGAGCUGCUAAACAGUUCACGAUAUCUAAAAACAAUACAUGUGGCACCUGCAAAGGCAAAAAAAUAAAACCUGGCUCAUCUCCGACAACUUGUACGACUUGUGGUGGAAGAGGACAUGUGCACUAUCAACGUGGUCCAAUGUCUAUACAAGUCGGAUGCCAGAAAUGUGGGGGCUCAGGGACAAUCAUAAAAGACUAUUGCCCAACGUGCAGAGGGUCAGGCAUUGGUGCAACGAAAGUCACAGAAACAGUGAACAUUCCUCCAGGUGUGAAUACUGGCCAUACACUCAGAAUGGCUCACAAAGGCCAUGCUUCUGAAAAUAGCGGGACUCCUGGAGACAUUCUUAUUAAAGUGACUGUAAAAGAGCACCCCACUUUCCAGCGUGACGGGUAUGAUAUUAUCUCACAAGUUCCUAUAACAAUCUCACAGGCAGCCCUUGGAGCAACAGUAGAAGUCGAAACUUUGCAAGGGAAAGUCCAAGUAAAAGUCAGUCCAGGAACUAACACAGGCGACACCCACAGGAUUUCUAACUUCGGGAUUACUCAUCUGCCUCCCCACAGCAGCCAAAAGGGCAGCCACAUCGUAAAAUUCGUUUUAUCGAUCCCUAACUCCCCCCCCCAUUUAAAUUGGAAUAAAAUAUCGGUAAAAUUUCCACUUUUUUGGUAAAUUAACCCCCUUUAAAUUUGGAACAAAAUUUAAUUUUAUAAUAAAAAAUUAUAUAUAAUUUUUAUCUAAAAAGUUUUGAUAUAAGUUAAAUGUUUCUUCUUAACUAAAAUUAAAAAUUUAGUUAUAUCUUGCUCUUUUUUAAAGAAAAAAGUAUAAAGAGCAUAUUAUUUAAAUAAAUUUAUUAUCCUUAAUUGCUAAAUUUAAAAAAAAUUUUUGUUUUUUUUUUGAUAAAAAUGAUAUUUUUUAUUUGGAUAGUUUUGAUAUAAAUUCAAUAGGAAUUCUUUAUAUAAUUUCAAAAUUUACUUACUUCUUGCUUUAUUUUAAAGAAUAAAGUAUAAAUAACAUCUUAUUUAAACAAAAUUAGCACUAAAUUUUUCUAAAAUUUAUUUUUUUUAAUUUUUUUUAUCAAUAAAAAUAAUAAUUUUUGUGUAAAUAAUUUUGAUACCAAUUAAUAGUGGCGUAUUAACUAAUAAUGAAAAUUUAGUUAUAUCUUGCUCUUUUUAAUGGAUAAAGAGUAAAUAGCAUUUUAUUAAACAAAAUUUAUUGAUCUAAUUCGAUAAGUUUUUGAAAUUUUUAUAUAUUUUUUAUAAAAAAUUUUAUAUUGAUAUUUUUUUUUAAAAAAAAAAAUUAACCCCCCUUUAAAUUGGAACAAAAUUUUUAGUUCCAUUUAAAGGGGGGGGGGAGUAAGAAGCUUUCCGAGUCCCAAAGGAAGCUGUUCGAAAUGCUGGCCAAAGAAGGUGCUUAA